AUGCGGUCUCUCGAGGCCCGGCUCAACGUGACUGAAGACUUACUUCGCAACCUCCUUCAAUUCGUGUCAAAUGACCAACUCUCCCACGUGCUACAGGCAAAUGGGUCACCUCAUCUGUGCCCCGAUCUACCCCUGGUUGAACGAGGUGAAAAUUCAACCCCCGAGGUUUGGCAGAUUUACCCCUUAACAAGCGCUGAGAACAUACGGGCGUGGCAGAACGACAGCCGGUCCAAUGAGAAUGCUCCGUCACUACCAAACCUUGUCCAGGAUUGCAACACAGAACCCCAGCGGGAACAGCAGCAAGGACAAACUAGACAGACUGAAGAUGUGGCCAAUUUCAAUCCGAAAGAUUCUUUUGCCGAAUUUGUCGGACCCAGCGGCAAACAACUACCUAACACCGAGAAAAGAAUUGCGACGUCAUCCUGGCUUCUGACCGGACAACCUUCCUCUGGGUUCCAACCCGAAAUCUCGGCUGUUACAGCUAGCGGAGCAACACAGGGGCCCUCUUGCGUGGCUCCAACCACUCUCAACGUUUGCAGCAGUACUGAAUCAACAGAACCCAAUCAAACGGAUGUUGGAAUGAGCAGCUUACAGCGGCAACAAGACGAUCAAGUAGAACAGGAUUGUCCUACGUCGUCUUUUUUCCUCCCUGCAUCUUUUCGGGAUCAAUUCCUCUGGUGA